GCCGGCGGCUCGAUAGAGCACUGCGCGAGCCCCAACCUCGUGAUGCGUACGACGGGGAAGCGCGGAUCAGUUCCCAUCGACAGCUGUCCGUUUCGCCUGGAACCAUUCGCUCACCAUGACCUUUACAUCUCACUGAAGGACAAUGAAGUAGUAUUUAUUUUCGCUUAGCAUAUUGUUCUGUUCGCGCGUUCUGCCUAUAUAUAUAUUUUUGCCCCCUUUUUCUCGAUCUUCCAGCAGACGGUAUUGUCUACAUGACACUGCAAGAGAACCAGUGAAUGUCUUGAUUUUUUUGUCCCCAGCUUGAGCUGUGAUUAGACUUUAGCCAGAUUUGGAGUACAGCCAGUCAGCAUGGCAGACGUGGACCCGGACACCUUGCUGGAGUGGCUCCAGAUGGGCCAGGGGGAUGAGAGGGACAUGCAGCUGAUUGCUCUGGAACAGCUCUGCAUGCUGCUGCUUAUGUCUGAUAAUGUGGACAGGUGCUUUGAAACAUGUCCUCCUAGAACAUUUCUUCCAGCACUGUGUAAGAUCUUCUUGGAUGAGAGUGCCCCAGACAAUGUUCUGGAGGUGACAGCCCGCGCCAUAACAUACUACUUAGAUGUUUCUGCGGAAUGCACUCGGAGGAUUGUUGGAGUAGAUGGUGCCAUCAAAGCCCUAUGCAACCGGUUGGUGGUUGUAGAGUUGAACAACAGGACCAGUCGAGACCUGGCAGAGCAGUGUGUCAAGGUGCUGGAGCUGAUAUGCACACGGGAGUCUGGUGCUGUGUUUGAGGCAGGGGGCCUUAACUGCGUCCUGACCUUCAUUCGGGACAGUGGUCACUUGGUACACAAAGACACGCUGCACUCAGCGAUGGCUGUGGUGUCUCGCCUCUGCGGAAAGAUGGAGCCUCAGGAUGCCUCCCUGGAAACCUGCGUGGAAUCUCUGUCUAGUCUGCUUAAGCACGAAGACCAUCAGGUAUCUGAUGGGGCCCUGCGGUGUUUUGCCUCCCUGGCGGACCGGUUCACACGCCGUGGUGUGGAUCCUGCGCCUCUAGCCAAGCAUGGCCUGACUGAGGAGCUUCUGUCACGAAUGGCCGCAGCCGGGGGCACCGUCUCUGGCCCCUCAUCGACAUGCAAGCCUGGUAGAACAUCCACCGGCGCCACGCCUUCUGCUGCUGACUCCAAACUCAGCAACCAAGUGUCCACCAUCGUCAGCCUGCUUUCGACCCUGUGCAGAGGCUCCCCACUGGUCACCCAUGACCUGCUGCGCUCCGAGUUGCCCGACUCCAUGGAGAGUGCACUGCAGGGCGAUGAGCGCUGUGUGCUGGACACCAUGCGGCUCGUGGACCUGCUUCUUGUGCUGCUGUUCGAGGGCCGUAAGGCUCUGCCAAAGUCCACCGCUGGCUCCACGGGCCGCAUUCCUGGCCUCCGCAGGCUCGACAGCUCAGGGGAACGCUCACACCGACAGCUCAUUGACUGUAUCCGCAGCAAGGACACCGACGCGCUUAUUGACGCCAUCGACACUGGAGCUUUUGAAGUGAAUUUCAUGGAUGAUGUAGGACAGACUCUCUUAAACUGGGCUUCAGCGUUUGGCACACAAGAAAUGGUGGAGUUUCUUUGCGAAAGGGGUGCUGAUGUGAACAGGGGUCAGAGGUCCUCUUCAUUACAUUAUGCUGCCUGCUUUGGACGGCCACAAGUAGCAAAGACUUUAUUGCGACAUGGAGCCAAUCCAGACCUGAGGGAUGAAGAUGGAAAAACACCACUUGAUAAAGCAAGGGAGAGGGGACACAGUGAGGUCGUAGCUAUCCUACAGUCUCCCGGAGACUGGAUGUGUCCUGUCAACAAAGGAGAUGAUAAGAAAAAGAAAGAUUUAAACAAGGAGGAAGACGAGAGCAAUGAACCAAAGGGGGAUCCUGAAAUGGCACCUAUCUACCUGAGGAGGCUGCUUCCAGUAUUUGCACAGACUUUCCAGCAAACCAUGCUGCCCUCCAUUAGGAAAGCCAGCCUGGCUCUUAUUAGGAAAAUGAUCCACUAUAGCUCGGAAGCGCUUCUGAAAGAGGUGUGUGACUCUGACGCUGGGCACAACCUCCCCACGGUCUUAGUGGAGAUCACUGCCACUGUUCUUGACCAAGAGGAUGAUGAUGAUGGACACCUUUUAGCACUGCAAAUUAUCAGGGACCUUGUUGACAAAGGUGGAGAUGUCUUCCUAGACCAGCUGGCCAGACUGGGUGUUAUAAAUAAAGUUUCCACACUCGCUGGCCCAGUUUCUGAUGAUGAAAAUGAGGAGGAAACUAAGCCGGAGAAGGAGGAUGAACCUCAGGAAGACGCCAAAGAGAUACAACAGGGGAAGCCAUACCACUGGCGCGACUGGUCCAUCAUCAGGGGCCGAGAUUGUCUGUACAUCUGGAGCGAUGCUGCUGCCCUUGAGCUGUCCAAUGGAAGCAAUGGCUGGUUUCGUUUCAUCUUAGAUGGGAAGCUGGCUACCAUGUAUUCUAGUGGCAGCCCUGAGGGUGGCUCUGACAGCUCAGAGAGCAGGAGUGAGUUCCUCGAAAAGUUGCAGCGAGCGCGGAGUCAAGUAAAGCCAGCCAGUGCCAGCCAGCCUGUCCUGUCAGCAGUGAGCCCCACCAAACUGACUGUGGGUAACUGGUCACUCACUUGCCUCAAAGAGGGUGAGAUCGCUAUUCACAACUCAGAUGGCCAGCAGGCUACUAUACUUAAAGAGGACCUGCCUGGAUUUGUAUUUGAGUCCAACAGAGGAACCAAGCAUUCCUUUACAGCAGAAACUUCACUUGGUAAGUUUGUAGGAUCUGAGUUUGUCACAGGAUGGACUGGAAAAAGAGGAAGAAAGCUAAAGUCUAAGUUGGAGAAAACUAAACAAAAGGUUAAGGCCAUGGCUCGGGAUUUGUAUGACGAUCACUUUAAAGCAGUCGAGAGCAUGCCUAGGGGUGUAGUGGUCACCCUCAGGAACAUUGCUACCCAGCUGGAGUCUGCGUGGGAGCUGCACACAAACAGACAGUGUAUUGAAGGGGAGAGCACCUGGCGAGACCUGAUGAAAACUGCUCUAGAAAACUUAAUCGUGGUCCUGAAGGAUGAAAACACUAUCUCCCCAUAUGAAAUGUGCAGUAGCGGUCUAGUGCAGGCACUUUUUACUGUCCUGAAUAAUAGUGUGGAUCUUGAUGUGAAGCAGGAUUGCAAGCCAUUAAUGGAAAGAAUCAAUGUAUUUAAAGCUGCUUUCAGUGAAAAUGAAGAUGACGAAAGCCGACCUGCAGUUGCCUUAAUUAGAAAGCUAAUAGCAGUGCUGGAGUCCAUUGAAAGGCUACCUCUACAUCUAUAUGACACACCAGGCUCAACGUACAACCUGCAGAUUUUGACCAGGAGAUUGCGCUUCCGCCUUGAGCGUGCCCCAGGUGAGACGGCACUCAUUGACCGCACAGGCCGGAUGCUAAAAAUGGAGCCACUGGCCACUGUUGAGUCCCUGGAGCAGUAUCUCCUCAAAAUGGUUGCAAAGCAGUGGUAUGACUUCGACAGGUCCUCGUUUAUCUUUGUGAGAAAGCUACGUGAAGGCCAGAUGUUUACAUUCAAACACCAGCAUGACUUUGACGAGAACGGAAUUAUAUACUGGAUCGGCACUAAUGCAAAAACUGCUUAUGAGUGGGUGAACCCGGCAGCCUAUGGCCUCGUGGUAGUAACCUCGUCAGAAGGCCGGAACCUGCCGUACGGUCGUCUAGAGGACAUCCUGAGCCGGGAUAGCUCUGCCCUCAACUGCCACACCAAUGAUGACAAGAAUGCCUGGUUUGCCAUUGACCUUGGUCUGUGGUUCAUCCCCUCUGCCUACACACUCCGCCAUGCACGUGGCUAUGGCCGCUCUGCUCUUCGCAACUGGAUAUUUCAGGUGUCCAAGGAUGGCCAGAACUGGAUGACACUCUAUACCCAUGUGGACGACUGUAGUCUUAAUGAGCCAGGAUCUACAGCCACUUGGCCUCUGGACCCUUCCAAAGAAGAGAAGCAGGGCUGGAGGCACAUCCGUAUCAAGCAGAUGGGGAAGAACGCUAGCGGGCAGACGCAUUACCUGUCACUGUCAGGCCUGGAGCUGUACGGCGCAGUGAGCGGAGUGUGUGAGGACCAGCUAGGGAAGGCUGUGAAGGAGGCGGAGGCUAACCUCCGUCGACAGAGGCGCCUAUUCCGCUCCCAAGUGAUGAAGUAUAUAGUUCCAGGCGCCCGCGUUGUGCGGGGCAUUGACUGGAAAUGGAGGGACCAGGAUGGGAAUCCACCUGGAGAGGGCACCGUCACGGGGGAGGCCCACAACGGCUGGAUUGAUGUCACCUGGGAUGCCGGUGGCUCAAACUCUUACCGUAUGGGUGCAGAAGGAAAGUUUGACCUCAAGCUUGCGCCAGGGUACGACCCUGAGUCUGCGCCGUCACCCAAACCUGUCUCAUCCACUGUUUCAGGCCCAGCGCAGUCCUGGAGCAGCCUGGUGAAAAAUAACUGUCCGGACAAGGGUGGCUCCUCCUCGGCGACGGGGGUCAGCUACUCAAGCCGGAAGGGCAGUAGCAGCUCGGUGUGUAGCGUGGCCAGCAGCAGCGAUAUCAGUCUGAGCUCCACCAGGCUGGAGCGACGGGCCGAGAGCCUACUUGAGCAGGGGGGGGGCACAGUGGGGGGUGCACUGGGGGCAGAGACUCAGGAGCCCAUUGUGGUGCUGUCCUCAACUGAGAGUGGCUCUGCCUCCAGCACCAGCACGCUAACCGCUGACAUGGGCAGCGAGAGUGCCGAGCGCAAGCCGGGGCCUGACGGCACGCUGCGUCCAGCAGGUGACUCCGCUGCCAUCUCCAUGGGACUGGUGAGCGUGAGCUCACCAGACGUCAGCUCCGUCUCAGAAUCCUCCAGCAAGGAGGCAGCAUCGCAGCGCCCCCUGUGCUCCGCAGCCAGUGCCCGCCUCUCUGUCAGCUCCCUGCUGGCAGCCGGCGCACCCAUGAGCUCCAGUGCUAGCGUGCCCAACCUGUCGUCGCGUGAGGCCAGCCUCAUGGAGUCCUUUGUGCGCCGGGCACCCAACAUGUCGAGAACCAAUGCAACGAACAAUAUGAACCUGAGCCGCAGCAGCAGCGAUAACAACACCAACACGCUGGGCCGCACCGUCAUGAGCACUGCCACUUCUCCUCUCAUGGGUGCUCAGAGCUUUCCUAACCUCACAACCACUGGUACCACCUCAACCGUUACAAUGUCCACCUCCAUAGUAACCAGCAGCAAUAAUGUAGCCACGGCAACCACAGGUUUGUCCGUCGGCCAGUUGCUCAGUAACACUCUGACGACCAGCCUGACCUCCACUUCUAGCGAGAGCGACACAGGUCAGGAGGCUGAGUUUUCACUCUAUGACUUCCUGGACAGUUGUCGUGCCAACACACUUCUAGCAGAGUUGGAUGAUGAGGAAGACUUGCCUGAACCAGAUGAUGAUGAUGACGAGAAUGAGGAUGACAAUCAGGAAGACCAGGAAUAUGAGGAAGUUCUGGAAGAGGAAGAGUACGAAACCAAGGGAGGCCGGCGUCGGACCUGGGAUGAUGACUUUGUGCUGAAGCGUCAGUUCUCUGCCUUAGUGCCAGCAUUCGACCCCAGACCUGGCCGGACAAACGUCCAGCAGACCACUGACCUGGAGAUCCCUCCGCCAGGUACUCCUCGCUCUGAGGUCCUGGAGGAGGUGGAAUGUGCUCCCUCUCCACACCUGACUCUUAUUCUGAAGGUAGCUGGACUGGGCACCACCCGAGAGGUGGAGCUGCCACUCACCAACUAUAAGUCAACCAUCUUCUACUAUGUCCAGAAACUCUUGCAGCUCUCUUGUAACGGGAGCAUCAAGUCGGAUAAACUCAGGCGGAUCUGGGAGCCCACAUACACGAUAAUGUACAGAGAAAUGAAGGAUUCCGACAAAGAGAAAGUGAGCGGAAAGAUGGGUUGCUGGUCUGUAGAGCAUGUGGAACAGUACCUUGGCACUGAUGAAUUACCAAAGAAUGACUUGAUAACCUACAUGCAGAAGAAUGCAGACUCAUCUUUCCUGCGCCACUGGAAAUUAACCGGCACUAAUAAAAGUAUUAGGAAAAACAGAAAUUGUUCACAGCUCAUAGCUGCAUACAAGGACUUCUGUGAGCAUGGCUGCCGGUCCUCAGGCCUUAGCCCCGGCUCUCUGGCUAUGCAGAGUUGUGACAUCCUGAGCGGCACUCUGGAGCAGGCGCAGGCCAAGGCCGGCCCAGGCCAGAGCGCGUGUGGGGUUGAGGACGUCCUGCAGCUGCUGCGCAUCCUCUUCAUCAUCGGGAGUGAGCCGCAUUCCAGCCGCACGCUACAGGAGGAAGUAGAUGAUGUGCAGUUUAAUGCACCACCUGAAGAAUUCACAAGCAAAAAAAUCACUACCAAAAUUCUUCAACAGAUAGAGGAGCCGCUGGCACUGGCAAGUGGAGCCCUCCCAGACUGGUGUGAGCAGCUCACCAGCAAGUGCCCUUUCCUCAUCCCUUUUGAGACCCGGCAGCUUUACUUCACAUGUACUGCAUUCGGAGCCUCAAGGGCAAUCGUGUGGCUCCAGAACCGCCGGGAAGCCACAAUGGAGCGCUCUCGCCCAGCCACCACAGUACGGCGGGAUGACCCAGGCGAGUUUCGUGUGGGACGGCUAAAACACGAGAGGGUUAAAGUGCCCCGAGGGGAGAACAUGAUGGACUGGGCCGAGAGCGUCAUGCAGAUCCAUGCAGACAGAAAGUCUGUCCUCGAGGUGGAAUUUUUGGGAGAGGAGGGCACUGGACUUGGGCCCACACUGGAAUUUUAUGCACUUGUGGCAGCAGAGUUCCAGAGGACCUCUCUCGGCAUCUGGCUCUGUGACGACGACUUCCCAGAUGACGAGUCUCGACAGGUGGACCUGGGAGGGGGUCUGAAGCCUCCAGGCUACUAUGUACAGCGUUCCUGUGGCCUUUUCCCGGCCCCCUUCCCCCAGGAUAGCGAUGAGCUGGAACGCCUGAGAAAGCUUUUCUUCUUUCUGGGCAUCUUUCUUGCUAAGUGCAUCCAGGACAAUAGACUUGUGGACUUGCCUAUUUCCCAACCCUUCUUUAAAUUGCUGUGCAUGGGCGACAUCAAAAGCAACAUGAGUAAGCUACUGUACCAGUCUCGUGGUGAGGCCGACCUGCACUUCAGCGAGAUCCAGUUGGAAGCCUCCACUGAGGAGGGCCAUGACACCUAUUCAGUGGGCAGCUUUGAUGAGGAUUCCAAGUCAGAAUUCAUCCUAGACCCACCUAAACCCAAGCCCCCAGCCUGGUACCAUGGUAUCUUGACCUGGGAGGACUUUGAACUAGUCAACCCCCAUCGGGCAAAGUUCUUGAAGGAGAUCAAGGAGCUGGCAGUGAAACGCAGGCAAAUCCUAGGCAACAAGAGUCUGUCAGAGGAUGAGAAGAACACUCGUCUGCAAGACCUUGUGCUGAAGAACCCUACUGGCUCUGGACCCUCUCUGAGUGUUGAGGACCUGGGAUUAAAUUUCCAGUUUUGCCCAUCUUCUAAAGUGCAUGGAUUUUCAGUUGUAGACCUGAAGCCCAAUGGAGAAGAUGAGAUGGUGACCAUGGAGAAUGCAGAGGAGUAUGUGGAGCUCAUGUUUGACUUCUGCAUGCACACUGGGAUCCAAAAACAAAUGGAAGCUUUCAGAGAUGGCUUUAAUCGUGUGUUCCCCAUGGAAAAACUGAGCUCCUUCAGUCACAAAGAAGUGCAGAUGAUCCUGUGUGGGAAUCAGUCCCCUUCCUGGACCUUUGAAGAUGUCGUAAACUACACUGAACCUAAGUUGGGUUACACCCGAGACAGCCCUGGGUUCCUGCGCUUUGUGCGUGUACUCUGCGGCAUGUCUUCAGAUGAGAGAAAAGCAUUCCUCCAGUUUACUACAGGCUGCUCCACUCUGCCCCCUGGUGGUCUUGCAAAUCUACACCCCCGGCUCACUAUUGUUCGGAAGGUGGAUGCGACAGAUGCUAGCUACCCAUCAGUGAACACAUGUGUGCACUACCUGAAACUACCCGAGUACUCAUCUGAAGAGAUCAUGAGGGAGCGUCUCCUCGCUGCCACCAUGGAAAAGGGCUUUCACCUGAACUGAGCAUCUACACAAAUGACAGAACCUCCUUCAAAAUGGUGAAGCCUAUAGUGUUUUGUUGCAGAAAAAAACCUGUCCUCCAGACUUCCUAUCUGCUCCCCCAUUUCUUUCUCAGAGCUUUUAGAAAACAGUUCCAUGUUAACUCUACUAGCUACUGAUGAAGAGCAAGUGGAGCAACUCAUCACGCCACCUUCAUCACCAAACCAUGUCCCCUUGCACUCUGUGCUGCUUCAAGGGCUUGAGAGACUGGAAGCCAGGGCAGUCCCUUUGUUUUCUCUAGCAUUAUGCUUUUAUCCCCUGGAUGUGAACAUCUUUGCUAAGUUCCACAUAGUUCUCUGGGUUGAACACCGGCAGCUUGUUCCGUUACUUUCCUCAGUGACAUGGGGUUGCUGGUGGAUGUCAGGCACCUGCUUCUGUAGAGCUGUAACUAGAGUGUUUGGGCAUUUCCUCAUCAAGUUUUACUAGUGCCUGCACUGUUUGAAUAUUAGGUUUAUUUUCUCUGUACCUUACCAGCAUAACCCCCUUUUUGCUUUUGUUUCCGUGUGAGUACAUUUUGGUUGAUUUACUGCCCUGCAAUGAAGUUAAACCCCGAGUGCAUUUGUGUAAUUUUACAAUAAAGCUAUAGCAACAAAACACUGGUUCUGGGUGCUAGGCACGUUUAAAAAAAAAUGAAAAAGCAAGCUAAGCUUUCCCUUGUAUUUUCUUUGUAUAUUAUAAACACUUAUUUAACUCGUUGCAGUUUGAAUUAAAAAAAAAAAAAUAUUUUCAAAUGUGUAUGCUCCAAAAGUAAUCAUUAAAAUGUUUGCAGUAUCAA